CACGUGACCGGGCUGUUUCCGUGUCAGUGCUGUGAGCCGUGACAGCUGUAAUCCUCCAGACAAGCGUGAAUAGAAACCGAUACUGAUCAGUCUGUGAUUGAAAUGCUUCCAUCCUCCUGUGACACCUUUGUGGCUCUGCCUCCUUCCUCUGAGGGACAGCGCGUCAUUUUUGGGAAAAACUCGGACAGACCCUGCGAUGAAGUCCAAGAGGUUGUGUAUUUUGCUGCCAGAGACCAUGCGCCAGGGGAGAAGGUUGAGUGCACAUACAUACAGAUCGAGCAAGUCGCCCACACCUAUGCAGUGGUGCUGAGCAAGCCGGCUUGGAUGUGGGGGGCUGAGAUGGGUGCGAAUGAACAUCAAGUGUGCAUUGGGAAUGAGGCAGUGUGGGGCAGAGAGAGCGCUGAUGGGGACGAGGCUCUGCUAGGAAUGGACCUUGUCAGACUUGGUCUUGAGCGAGCCGACACGGCUGAGAACGCCGUCGACGUUAUCGCCGGCCUGUUGGAGAAGUACGGUCAGGGAGGCCCGUGUAUGGAGGAUCAAUGUGGCUUCACCUACCACAACAGCUUCCUCAUCUCAGACCGAAAAGAGGCGUGGCUGCUGGAAACCUCCGGGAGGCACUGGGCGGCAGAGAGAGUGGAAGGUGGCCAUCGGAACAUCUCCAACCAGUACGGAAUAACAACGAAGAUCGACAAGGAGCAUCCAGAGAUGAGGGAAUAUGCUCGAAGCAAAGGCUGGUGGGACGGGAAGUCGGAGUUCAACUUUGCCACGGUCUACUCCUUUCUUACCACAGCCAGAAUCGAGUCUGCUGGGACUCGGUACUGUGAGGGGAAGAGCUUGUUGGAAAAGAGAAAUGGUCAUAUUACCGCAGAGGCAAUGAUGGAUAUUCUGCGAGAUAAAGAGAGCGGCAUCAACAUGGAGGGCAUGUUCCUUACAACGGGAAGCAUGGUGUCCGUGGUACCCACGGAUCCGGCCCUGCCGGGCGUUCACUAUUUCACCGCAACUCCAGACCCCGAGAGGUCUGUUUUCAAGCCGUUCGUGUUUGUUGAGAACGCCCACGAGCUGAAGGAGACGACCUCCCCCAGCUUUGGUCCUGAUGAUCCGGUGAAGAAGAAACCCCGCUUCCAGAGCAAACCGGACCGCAAACAUCCGCUGUUUGUCAAGCAUAAGCUGAUCGCCGCCAUCAUCGAAUCUUACAAGGACAGAGGAGAGAAGAUCACACAAGGUCUGAGGCAGCUUGAGAAAGAGACGAUGACAGAGAUGGAGAAGAUUCUUGAAGUGGGCGUGAGACAGCCCGAUCUGCUGGUGAACCUGUUCAACGGCUCUGUCCAGAAGGAGCUGAGUGUUUACAGCAAAGCUUGAGAUGAUGGAGAAGGGCAGCGAGACUACAGUGUGUUUCCUGACGUGCUGCCUUGGAGUCAGGCUUAAUUACCAACAUGUCAAUAGGAUGAACCAGGAAGCACUUGGAGAAAUCAUUGCACAGAACUGUAAAUUAAUCCUGCAUUAUAGAAAAAAAAAAAAUCCUUUUAUUAACUGUAGACAAUAACAGUAUGUAUAAUUAAAGUUUUGAAAGUUUAUUGCAUCGCAGAUGUGCGGCAUUUGGCAGAACACUACAGAUUGAAAAGUUUAUUAAAAGGAUUUAUAAACAACUUGCAGCAAUAAAUUUCAUAAAACAUC